UACAGGAUCACGCCUAUUACUUCCAUGGACAAGAAUUGUGUGGGGCUAACGAUUUUUAUUUGAUUAUAGUAGCAGAAUAAUUAUCGUUUAAUUUUAAGACUCGUUGACAUGAUGACUUCGGUGACAACCAAUGACCAGCAGCAGUACGCUUAUGAACUGGAUAACUGUCAUAUGUCCAUUACAUGACGACAUAAAUAAGAGAAGAUGAAUAAAUAAGAGAAGAUAAUUAAGGUAUAUUUCAAUAAAUACCUCCAUUUCUGUCAGCCUUGAGAGUACCUAGUAGUCUGAGUUUGAAGAUGGAAGCCGAAAAAGGAGUCCGAGACAGCGCAACUGUAUCUUAUCUCAAUAUGUCGCAGGACAUCAGGCGUGACGUCAUUCAAAAAGUUUUGCUUUUGGGAGGAAGAAAACAAAAACAAACAAAACUUCCCAAGUUGUUGUUGUUGCUUUAGAUUCGUCAGCCUCUGCCUUGGAAAGCAUCAGAAGACCUCGUCAUUUAGGAUAGGUCUUUGACGGCCAGAGGGACAUCUUAGCAAGCAAAUUCUUUAGGCCUAUGCGUCCAGUUAUAACCUUUGUUCACCAAGUGCAUCAUUGCUGCAAUGCCUAUGGCCUGUGUAAUGAGAAGGCUAGAACUGUCGUAUGCUCUGACCGAUUGUAUUCAAGUUUUUGGAUGGAUACCAUGCAUCUUAGCUACUCGUACUUUUUGGGAAAACACAAGCUUUGUGUUUUAGUUCAAGAGGGAUUCAUGAGCUAGUUAAAAAAAACCAUCCUUUAUAAUGGUUUUGAGAAAAAUAGUUUUCCCAAAUCUGCAGUGUCAAUCCACUUAACAUAAAUCACAAAGUGAAAUACUAAUGCCUCAAAAGACUGCUAAUACAUAGCAUUGUAGACCCACUUCCUUAUGAGUCCCUCUUGUAUACAGAAUAAAACUCAAAGAAGCAAGCCAAUAGGAACUUAGAGAAUUGGAAGAUAUGGAAUAAUAAUAUGGGGUGUUGACAUCACAGAGGCAUGUGUGAGUGGCACAUUAAGAACACUUGAUUUUGAACUUUGGCUAAACUAGAAAAGCAAAUACUAUUGAUGAUAUGGGUCACUAUGUAUGUUCUUGGUGUAACAUUGCAUUUGGGGAAUUGUCAAUUCUUCACCUCCACAUGGGAGUUCAUAUAGAGCUUGUUGGUCCAAAAGGCAGCUCUUCUGUUGAAAUACCAGGAGGUCAUAUGGUGUCUGAAGUUAAGGAAAGUUCUGAUGAGCAAGGGGAGUAUUAUUGCAAAGUAUGCCAGAAAUAUUUCAAUAAUCUGGGCAUCUUCACCUUUCAUAUGCGUGCUCAUUGUGAAGGUAAAAGUUUUCAGUGUACAAUAUGUGGUGUAGUUUUUUCAACAAAAAGUGCUGUGUAUAAUCAUGUAUGUAGUCAUGUCAAUGAAAAGCUUUGCAAGUGUACAAGAGGACAUCUUGCCUUGCAAGGAAAGGAUGAUCAGCCAAAAAUAUUUGAAAGUGCAAAUGACCUCCAUAAAUGUGGGGUAUGUGAUGGAGGAUAUAGUACAAAGAAGAGACUGGACAGGCAUACCCUAAAGCAUAUGGGACAUUUCAGUUGCUCCAUUUGUAAAAGGUCUUAUCAAGGUCAAGUUGAAUAUGAUAAGCACAUGGUAUACCAUGCUUAUGUGAUGUUUUUCCGAUGCGAGGUCUGUUUUGAGACGUUUGACGACAGGAUAAAGAGGGAUGACCACAUGAAGGUUCAUUCUUCUUCAUACUGUGGGGAAAUGGUCUUGACAGAUCAAAGUGGUGUUCCAAAGCCAUCUGCUUUGAAGGAUGGGGAAGUUUGGAAUGAUUGUAAAGAUAUUUCCGAGGAAAAAGGCUCCAAAAAACUGAAGUCAGGGUGUUUGCAAGGAAGUGAUACAGAUUUUGUACCAUUCAGUACCACUACGACAGUUCCUCAAACUGUACGUUCCCCAGUUUCACAGGAUUUGUUUCGUGGUAAAAAGAGGAGUGAUCUGCGUAGUAUACUCAAGGAUAUUGGUGUUUCACGUGGAACUGUACUGAAGAGAUCUGAAAAAGCAAAGAGUGACUUAGUCAGUGAAAACUCGAAUGAUAUUGAAGUGGUUUCCAAGGAGUCUCCAAAAGAAUACCAGGCAACAGUUGUAAAUGGUUGCAAUAUUUUUGAGAGGAAAUCAAGUCAGCGUAAGGAAAGUGGAAAGUACAAAUGUAAAUUAUGUUUCAGUGUUUGGAAGGAGAAACAUGCAUUUUGGCAGCAUUUACAUGAGCAUUCUGAUGAUGUUCCUUAUACAUGCAAAAUUUGUGUUGAAGUCUUUGAUGAUGUAGAAUCAUGGAAGGUUCAUAAAGAGCAGAAAUGUACCUGUGCCCUUUGUGGAAAAUUAAUGCAAAGAAUAGAUUAUGCUGUUCACAAUAAAGCCUGCCCUGUCAAUAACCCUUUCAAGUGUCUUGUUUGUUUUAAAAGAUUCUUAACAUCUGACUUAUUUAGGGAACACAUGAAAUCUCAUUCCAGAGAGCAGGCUUGCAGAUGCAAAGUAUGUGGGGAGGUACUACUUCUGAAAUAUGAAGCAGAGAGGCAUAACAAGAUGCACAAGAAAGAAAGCAUAGAUUUAGUCUCCAUGCCACUGCUAAGCGAAGAUGAGUUGUUGACUGUUACAUUAGGUGCUCAAAACCCUUUGUGUAAAGUGAAAUCAGAGCAUUCACUACAAACAUCAGAUGUUUCUGACAAAGAAAGAGAUGUGAAAGUGCCUUUGUCUUCAAUAAAAACAGAAAAUUACAUUGAAUCAGGGUCUGUUAACACACUGAGUGCCAUAAUUGUCAAGGAGGAACCAUUUUUUGAAGACAAAAAUGUUUUUAAUGAUGCUGUAUUGACUACAGAUGUAGAGCAAAGGUAUGUCGUCAUGGUGACUGAUGAGGCAAAUGAUUUUAACCAAGAUGAAAAUAUUGUUGACCCAUUAGCAUAAACUGUAAUUUGUUUUCUUGUUAAUUAUCUGAUAGUGAAUUCUUGUUAUAGAUGCCAAGUUAAUAAAAUAAUUUGAAUUUGCAUUACUAAAAUGUCAUAAUUUAUUCAAGAAUUUUUUUUUACCCUUUGAAAUAUUUACGUACUUAAUUUUCAUGAAAUGCCUUCUUCAAACCAGUUUAUACUAACUUUUAAUCUUUACAAAAAUGCUGUAUGGUAUUUUAUAAGUGUUAAUUCGUAUAAAUUAGUAUCCUUUAGUGAUUUUUCCAAUUUCGCUUGUAAUGUGUCAUAUUUAGUUGUGACUAAAUUCAUCUUGUCAUUUAUAUAUAGGUAGUUGCGCUUUACAGUGAGCAGGUUCUGUCAUUCAGGGACAUUGCUUGAUAACUGUAUUAUCAGAUUUUUUCUGUCUUUGUUUCAUUCAUUUAUCUGGAUUAAUUUUUUUUAUGUCAAGAAUGCUUGUCUGUCUCUACUGGAGUUCUUACGUGAAGGACAGUAUGCUGUUUGCAUACAAGUGAAAUAGAUUUGUAAUUUUUA